CGGAGAGGAGGCAGCCCACCGCAAUGUGGCUAAUGGCCGAUAGCCGUCCAUGGUGCUGAAAUCACGGCGAGCAAUUUAACGGCGAUGAACCAGAGGAGCGAACACGCAGACCAACAGCACCGCCAUGGACGAUGAUCUGUUCCAGUUAAGACAGCUGCCCAGUGUGGUAAAGUUUCGGCGCACUGGCGAGAGCACCCGUUCAGACGAUGAGUUCGGAACGAGGGAUCAGAUGGUGCAGGUGGAGGGAGGACACGUGGACAUGGACUCUGUGGCUCUGGCUGACGGAGCUCCUGUACCCAGAGAGUUCGCCAACCCCACCGACGAUACCUUCAUGGUGGAGGAUGCGGUGGAGGCCAUUGGCUUUGGCACAUUCCAGUGGAAGCUCUCCAUCCUUACAGGACUUUCCUGGAUGGCAGAUGCUAUGGAGAUGAUGAUCCUGAGUAUCCUGGCUCCACAGCUUCACUGUGAGUGGAGACUGCCCAGCUGGGAGGUGGCGCUGCUUACAUCGGUGGUGUUUAUUGGAAUGAUGAUCAGCUCUUCAUUAUGGGGAAACAUAUCUGAUAAAUACGGAAGAAAAACAGGACUGAAGAUGAGCGUGUUGUGGACUCUGUUUUAUGGAAUCCUCAGUUCAUUUGCUCCUAUUUAUGGCUGGAUCCUGUUUCUCCGCGCCUUGGUCGGCUUUGGAAUCGGAGGAGCUCCACAAUCAGUGACCCUGUAUGCUGAGUUUCUCCCCAUGCGAUCCAGAGCCACAUGCAUCCUGCUGAUUGAGGUGUUCUGGGCACUGGGGACGGUGUUUGAGGUGCUGCUGGCCAUCCUGGUGAUGCCGACGUUGGGCUGGCGCUGGCUGCUCGCCCUCUCCACCAUUCCUCUCUUCAUUUUUGCCAUCCUCUGCUUUUGGCUCCCUGAAAGUGCCCGGUACGAUGUUCUGUCGGGGAACCAGGAGAAGGCGCUCAACACCCUCAAACGCAUUGCCACAGAGAACAAGGUUCCCAUGCCCCUGGGAAAACUCAUAGUGGCCAGACAGGAGGAGAGAGGGAAGAUUAAGGAUCUGUUCCUGCCACACUUCCGCUGGACCACUGUUCUGCUGUGGUUCAUAUGGUUCUCUAAUGCAUUCUCUUACUACGGCCUUGUACUGCUGACCACAGAGCUUUUCCAAGAGGGCGGGGCCUGUGGAGAUACCAAGGGCAGUAAAGCAGAGCCGAGAUGUAAUCUGGAGUGCAAGUACCUGAAUUCAGAUGAUUAUAAAGACCUGCUGUGGACGACGCUCUCAGAAUUUCCAGGUCUGCUGGUGACUCUGUGGGCGAUCGACAGGCUGGGCAGGAGGAAGACGAUGGCGCUUUGUUUCCUCGUCUUCUCGCUGUGCAUCGUGCCACUCUACGCCUGUGUGGGCAGGACUUCAUUAACGGUUCUGAUCUUCAUCGCGAGGGCGUUUAUUGCUGGAGGCUUCCAGGCAGCUUACGUUUAUACACCCGAGGUGUAUCCUACAGCGACACGAGCACUUGGUCUGGGGACCAGCAGUGGCAUGGCCCGGGUUGGAGCUCUGAUCACACCCUUUGUGGCCCAGGUCAUGCUGGAGUCGUCUGUGUAUCUGACACUGUCUGUGUACUGCUGCUGCUGCCUGCUGGCCGCCGUGGCCUCCUGCGCUCUCCCCAUCGAGACCACGGGCCGAGGGCUGCAGGAGUCCAGCCACAGGGAAUGGGGGCAGGAGAUGAAGGGCCGAGCGUCCAGCCACAGCCCCGACGGCAUCCCCCGCUCCAGCUCCGGAUCACAGAACUGAGAGAGGAAGAACUGGAGGGGGUUCAGGAGAGCAGGGGAAACACAGAGGAAAUGUGGAGAAAAACACAGUCAUCUAACAAAAGCUGAAAUAUGUUGUGUGAUCCAGACGUGACUGACUGACAGAACGGACAGAAUGUACAGCGAUGGGGUUCUGAGAAGCUGUUUGUUUUUGGCUGGGCCAGUGUGUAUCCAAAUCCACCCUGUAAACCUGGUCUAACUGUGUUAGCUGUUAGUUCAAACAAAUGCUCAUAUUCACAGCAGCCCACUGUUUAAAAUGCUCUCCAUUAAAUACAUCACUUAUAAUCAAUUUAACAAACAAAAAAGGAUUCUCAAACAUGAUAAAACAUUGAUAAUACCCAACAUUGUUUGAUUCGUUGUUAAGUAUAUGCAGGUUAGCAUUCAUACAACAAGCUAAUUGUUAGCAUUAUCCAAAAAAAAUAAGGUUACUCUAAUUGUUACCAACAAACUUGGAUUCAUUGGUGACCACUUUUAAAUGUUUGGGUGAAGAACUGAUGUCUUACCAGAUCUAGAAAGAGGGUGAGGAUUAACAGAAUGAGUUACAUGUCUAAAACUACUCUAAAACAUUUAGCAGGCUAGGCUAAAUGAAAAAAUCAUGUUCUAACCCUUCUUCUCCCCGUGAAGAGAGGGGACUGGAGAUUAAGUGUGUCUGUGAAUGAUGUAAGUGCGGCUGAAGGUAGUGUCUGAUGAAUAAAUGACCGUAAUUGUACAUACGUGUGUAAAAUAUGGACCUGUUUGAGGGUUUUAGUUCAGCUAGCAUUUUGCUAAGUGUGUUUUGAUGUGAGAUAAUUAAGCCAGCUGUAGAGAGCAAGAGAUUUUCACCCCAUAAACGAUCAGUCAGUAAGUUUAGGGGGCAGCACAAAGUGUGUAUGAGAAAAUGAAUGUAUGAAGGUGCAAGAAGCGUGACUGUAAAGGUGGAAAAUUGUGAUUUUUGCCUAAUUUAUUUUCUUAAAGGAGAAGUCUGGUGUGAAAUGGUCUUGGGUUUAGUGAAACAUGAUAAUAAGUAUGAUUUAAUUUAACUUAUCUGUGCACUUUCAAAGUUCUCAGUGCCUCGUUUUAAAUGUCAGAUUCCUCAGAAGUCUAACAAUAAAGUGUGAAGCUACUUUAAGUUUAUUAAUGGUGUAAAAGUAGUGAUUUCUUUGCAUAAGCAGCGCUAUGCCCCUAUCACUAGCAUUGUAAGACUGUUGAGAGCAUUGGCUAAAAGCGCUGAAUGAAGGUGGGCUAUUCUACAAAGAUUUGUACACGUUAUCAUGUUUCACGACACCAGAGUUCUCCUUUAAUAGAGCUUUACAUCAUGUCUCAAAUAAAAGAGGAAAGCCCACAAUGCACUAUCUAUAAUGCACUCACUGAAUCAUUAGUGUAAGCGGCUGUGAACCUUUGCUAUAGGCCCACAUUUCAUUUGCAGCCAUUGAAGCUGUAAAGUAGCGUGAACCGUGUCGUGAGCACUAAAGCUGUUGUUAUUUUUGACCACUGCUUCGCAUCCGAGAGCAUGUCUUACUGACAUUAGCUGCCAUUUAGUGAUUUCUGCUGCCUGGAGGGGGUCCAAGCACAUGUUUAGUGAAAUGCCAAUCACAGUCACUUGAAUAAUAUGUUCUUCACAUUACUUUACGCAUAUCAACAGACUGUGGAUCCCAAAGAGGCCUAGCCUGCUGAUUUUACAAUAAACUUAUGACUUCCAGCCAGUAAGUCUAGGCGGGGAACAACA